GGACAGCACUGCCUAUACUCGAAGACUUAUUUUACUAUGAGAACUAGGAAUCCAAGGAUUUGGAUACAUCUGAUGUUUAUAUCUUUACAAGCUCGUCAUUCCCAUGCUUUAAGUUCUCGAGACGCUCAAGUAGCGUCACUUAAACACUGUUGGGAUAUCCUAAAAUGUGAAAAUAAAACAUUUCUCACCGUGGUGACCAGCGCAUUUCCUUGCACCAAGGACCAAGACUCGAUACUUAACGAACUACGUCAUUCGGGCUACUUCGAUGUUUUUCAAGUGUGCCCUCCAAAUAUUACGCCAUCGGACACACUAGAUUUUCCUGGAAUAGGAGGAGUUAUCUGGGGUUGCUUCUUAUGUGCACAUCCCGAGAAAGCAGUUGGAUUCUUGAGAGGUGAUACAAGGCCGGUUAUAGAGGGCCAGUUGAAAGAGAAGAAGGGAAAGUGGCGAUUGUUUAGGAGGUGGAGAACGAGAUAUUUUACUUUGUCUGGAGCUCAUUUAAGUUGUCGAGGAUCAAGUGGUGGUGAAUCCAUUGAUGUCAACCAGAUCCGAUCAGUGAAAGUGUCUCGCGGAGCAAGGAACAUACCAAAAGCAUUCGAAAUAUUUACAGAAAAUCAAACCUUGAUCCUGAAACCGAAAGAUGGAAAGAAUGCAGAGGAGUGGGUUCAAUGUUUAAGUAUAGUCGUCGCACAUUCACAUGCGAAAGAGUUGCCUAACAAAAGUAAUUCGUUGCCUGCGAGAGGUAUCAGCUCUAGUCGAACGGUCAUGUGAAGUUUUCAACAUUAUUAUUGUUAUGACUGAAUUAACUAAAACUUGGAAAACUUGCCAUCAUUAAUGGUAUGGUACAUAAAUCUAUUUACGUUAUGUAGUAAUAACGUGUCACAAACUCGUCAUGGUAUUGUUUAUAUAAAAAUAGUUCAGUUGAUACAUAUAAUUAUUGAAUUAUUGAAAAUUGUGUGUUCAGCAAGCGUUAACUUCGUAUAUUUGUGUAAUAAAAAGUAGAGUGUGUGAGUGCAGUACAUCGAACGUCAUUUGUAGGAGUCUCAGAUGAGAAACACUAAUCUCUUUUUCAAUAAUAAGAUAAAAAGAAAGAUACAAAAAUAAUAGAUAACUGGCUGAUAUCAGGUAAAAAGAAUAAUAUAAAUCAAGUAAAUACAUCCAAUAUCAAUACGGCAAAUAUUUUUGGAAUAGUAUAGAGAAACAGCAAUUUCUGCAUAUAAUUGUAGGUCUCGAACAAACUUAUCGAUAUUUUUUUGUAAGUUUAACCACAUCCACGUGAUUACGUUAGUUGUUCUUACAUCAGACAAUUAAGUCCGCCACUCACGUUCCAACGCCGCAGUACGACUUAUUUUAAGGAGUACUAUUUUUGUUGACAAUAAGCC